UAUGCAGAAAGAUAAAUAAAUCUGUCCUACAUCUAUAGACAGUGAUAUUGUCACAGAUAAAAGGCUUAUAAUAAAAGUAAAGAUUUGUGCAUAACAAUGUCCAGAGGGCAUGGCCGACAAAGUAGAUUGAUGUUAUAAGUGACCAUUGACAAAGGACAAAAUGGAUUGAUGUUUUAAUAAGUGACCAUUGAACAGGUGUUUGCAGGUGUGUUAUUUACCUGUCCAAGGAUCUGUUAUUCCUACCUUUAAUUAGUGAAUUUGUCAUUGUGUAUAGUGAUUAAUUAACUGUUAAUUGACAAGUGCAAAUUAUAAACAAUUUGUGAAAGCCUUGUGGAAAUUCAAAUAUAAUGUCAACAAGAAAUAAUUAAUAUGUCUGCUCAAUUUAUCUAAAAUUGACAAGUACUAAAUGGAAGAAAAUGAUGGAGUAUUCUUUUUUGAACUUAUACGUGUACUAGUUUCUCGAUGGAGAAUUAUUCAUAUGUAAAUAUGAUACCUGUAUGCCGUAAACAUAAUAAAUAGAAGGAAUUCUUUUAUGCAAAUGAGAAGUUUAUUUAACAAUAUCAAAUAUUAAACGUAUAUAAUAAAUUAAAGCAUACAAUGCAUCGAUCAUAAAUGAUAGGAUUUUGUGUAUGCAAAUGACAACCUUAUUCAUCAAAUCAAAUAUUAGAACAGAUUUUUAAUAAUAUAACUUAUUAAAUGCAUAUAUGCAGUGCAUCAAUUUCAUAUCAUCUGUGUAUUAAUAUGCAUAAUAUAGUACAUGUACCUCAAAAACUGGUUGAGGAAAUUAAAAUCUGGUCAGAAAAAUAUUGUAAAGUUUUUUGGGAAGGAACUACUUAAUAGAUAUACAUCUAGAUAAAUGGAACAUUCACAGUUUUGGUAGUGUAAACGGAUAUUGAAAGUGGUUGAAAUAUAUGUAUGUAUGUCAUGUAGAUAAACUAGUACUGGAGCAUGUAUUUGCAUACAUAGUACAUGUAUUAAUAUCAAUAGAUAAAUACAUGCAACAGAAAAACUAAGUCUUAUUGAUUCCGAGACAGAUGGUUUAGAAUUUACCACUUAUAACUUUGAAUAGGAAUUAUAAUGAAGAGACUGUUCUCAGGAGAUUGAACUUUGACUUGAUUGGACUUAAAAGGUCAUACAACCUCUUUGAUUGGAUUUAUUCAUGUCUUGUGAUUAGAAACAUUUUAAUAAAUUUAUGUUUAAACUGUGAAUUGAUUUUUAUAAAAUGUCCAAAAUGGGAAUAACUAAAGAAGGAAGAAAUUGGUUAUAUUUGCAUCAUAGUAAAGCUAGACUAAAGGCUUCUAGUCAUACAUCCUCACUCUUGGCAGGAUUUGCUUUGGUUGCUUUGGUAGAAAUACAGAUUGAAGAAGAUGUAUCGCCAGCUCUUCUGAUAGUGUUUAGUGUGUGUACCACGUUACUUGUUUCUGUACAUCUGCUGGCCUUGAUGAUUAGUACAUGUAUCUUACCAAACAUAGAGGCCGUCAGCAAUGUACACAAUGUCAAUGCCGUCAAUGAAUCUCCGCAUGAAAAAAUGAACAUUUUAAUUCAAAUGGCAUGGGCAUUUUCAACAGGACUUGGAAUAUUAUUGUUUUUGACGGAAAUAGUGCUAAUAUGCUGGGUCAAGUUUGAUGUGAAGAGAAUCGGUAAUAAUAAAGGAGCCGCGUGGGCGUCGACAGCUGUGGUCAUUCCAGUGGGAGUUAUUUUUAUAAUAUUUUCAUUCCAUUUUUAUCGACAAUUAAUUUCGCAUAAAGUUGAACAGAAAGCUAAAGACAUAGAAGAGUUAGCGAGACUAGCCAAUGAUAUAGAUAUGAAUAACCAUAACAGUGGUGGCAUACAAAUUGUCUAAAUCUAUUUUGUUAUUUAACAUCAAUUUUGUUCUUGUUACUUGUUGUUGCAAAAUUUAUUUAAGAAGGCAUAGUUUAAAACUAUAUGAUUAUCUCCCCUUAUUUGUAGAUGUUUGGUACCUUGUAGCCAUAAUUACAUUUGUGUAGUAUGAUAGUACUACUUGGCAUUUUUCAUUUACAUAA